CUGCAUUUCACUAUCAUCGCGCUUUCCUUCCUUGACGCCGUCGUCGUCAAUUUCAUGGAUGGUGACGCAAAAAGAAAGAUCACAGUAAAGCUGUACAAUGGCGCCAACGAAUCAUCGACAAAUUCGAGAUUUGCUACCACGACACUGUCAGCUUCACCUCUCAGAAGCCAGUCGCUGGCGUCUGCAAGACCUCCGUUGCGCCCAAAGGCCAAGGUGACCAGCUCAGCGACUCCAAAUUCGCUUGCGCGCAAGCCCAAGAUCAUCAGUACCGUCUCAAGUGGGCUCAGCACUCCAUCCCGAGCGGGCUCUUCAGUAAGGUCGACCCCAACCAACAGCUCACUCGGCGGACAGCCGAAGGCGAGGCCAACAGCCGUCAGAUCUAACUUUCGACCUCUGGAAUCCAGCUCGACUCCAGCUACACCCAACGUACCCUACCAAUCAUCUGUCAAACCCUUCUCGGUGUCUACUAGAGGCAGUCCCCACAGACGUUCCGCGUCGGCAAUCUCAUUUACACAGAAUGGAUCGACUUUAAGUCUCCCAUUGUCACAGGCUUCGUAUGGCUCGCCUUCCUCAGAUACGUUCACUGACACCGACGCGAUACACGGCGAUGGCGCGCCCAAGAUAAAGUCAAAAAUCACGAGGCUGGCGAAGCCUCACGAAUUGCUCUCGCCAUCACCCCAGCCCAUAUCGUGUCCUGCUAACGGCCGGAACCGUACCCCAUCAAUAUCCUCAGGUGUCUCCUUGAAUUCAACAAACACGUCUUCAACUACCCCGGACUAUUCCUUAUACCCGAUAACAACUGCAGUCCCAGCUGCAAAUUCAUACCGUUACGGCUCUGUUCGCGCCUCAACAACCAACCGCCACCACCACCAACCAUUCGCUCCUAGGGAUGACUCGCAAAUUAAUUACAGCACGACGAGUUUUAAUGCCAAGAUUGAUCCCACGACAAUACCUCUGCCACCGCAAUCCCCUCCCACGUCUUCUGUGUCCUUUUCUUCGCGAUCCUCAGUCUCUCGGUCCUCCCGCGCUGAUUCUGCCGAUAGUCAGCACAACGCAUCCAUCAAGCAGAAUGGAGUUAAUCUCCUGGGCGGUAUUGAAGACUUGAUGCAGUUUGACGCCACUGAAAAUGAUGAUUCGGACGGCGAUAGCUACGAAGAGGAGACAGACCUAGAACAUCAAGCGGAAGGGAAAGUCAGGGCAGAGGCUAAAUCUAAUAGGAAGAUUGAGGAUUUGGAAAUCAGCAACCGGUCUUUGCUCGCAAUCAAUGUUUCGCUGGAAGCCAUGAAGCAUAGGCAGGCGAAGGAAAUACGUGAUCUAAAGAGGAAGCUUCGCGAGUCGAGGUUGAUUCUUCCGCCGCAGGCUUUUAAGCAGGUGAUGGACAAGGACGACACCGAAGAAGAUGAAGAUGAGGGGGAGGAUGGGGAGGAAGCUCCAGGGACAGGAGACGAAACCUACUUGCACGUCAAAUUGUUGCUGGAUAAUCUGUUACAGGCGGCCAAGCAAGCCCUGGAGACGAAACCUUCUGAUUUUGAGACGAGGGGCGGCGCAAAGGUGCUAAGCGCAGAAGAAGUGGAGAAUUGGCGAGACCACGAAGCUGAGCCCACAAGAGACAAUUAUUCCAAGACUAGUGCCAACACGUCUCUGUCACCAAGGCGGGACAAUGAAUCCAAUGGCGACGAAACGUUUGAUUCCGAGGAUGAGGUUGAAGCUCUGACGAUGCCGUCGGAUUCUUCUCCUUCCUCUAGCCCUCCACCGCCUAUUCUAGUUACUCGGUCGCCUUGAGAGUCACAGUGUGCCUCCUUCCCGGUUCCCCGGCAUGUAGCCUCUUUCCUUACGAUCUCCCUUACGAUCACCAGUAGACGCCUUUCGUGUUAUUUAUUUGCAUGUUAUGACCCAUCUACCGUGUACAUUUUUCAGACAACGCUCAAGUGACAUGUAGGAUUAUUCCACGACCCUUAAACAAGCGAAGGACCUUAAUUUCCUACUUUGUGAGAUACAUGUGUCAUGCAAUGAAUGCGUAUACUAAGCCUACUCUAGUACAGUCUAUUCCACUAUAAUACGAUAGCGUGGGUAUGUGUCGGGUAGUAGAGUUGAAAAUG